UUAGGCGGCGCCGCUUGUUGUUGCCGGACGCGGAGUCACUGAAGCUUCAGAUCCGCCGCUUUAAUCUAAACCUGCUGUAACAUCAGUAAUACUGACCCCGCGCGCUGAGAGUGCGUGCGUGUGUUUGAGUGAGUGAGUGUGUGUGUGAGUGAGUGAGUGAGUGAGUGAGUGAGUGUGUGUGUGUGUGUGUGUAAGAGAGAUCCGGUUCGCCGGGUUUAGCUAAAGCUCGGAAGAAGCUGGAGCUGCAGAGCGGACCCGCCGGUUAUGCUGAGAUGAGUGAAGAACCUCAGGAGAGAGGGAGGACGGAGGAGAGAGGGAGGAUAGAGGAGAGAGGGAGGACGGAGGAGAGAGGGAGGAUAGAGGAGAGAAGGAGGACGGAGGAGAGAGGGAGGACGGAGGAGAGAGGGAUUAUGGAGGAGAGAGGGAUUAUGGAGGAGAGAGGAGAGUCUGAUCAGAAAGGUUUGCAGGUUUCAGAUUUUAACUCGUCAGAAAAUCACACAGACCACAUUACAGAGGACUUUAUUCCCAGUGGGCUGGAGGACAGCAGCUCUGUGAAUCUGGAAGAAAGCACAGCAGUGCACCUGGCUGAUACUACCUCAGGAGAUAUCCCACAACUUCAGACACUUCCUUUAGGCAUCCAGAGAGAAGGGAUCUCAGGCUCGGACAGGCCCCUCACCGCCGGCGUGUCUGAAACGGACUCUGGGAAAGUGUCGGAGGACUCCGCUGUGAUGGAUAACGAUGAGUCGGGUGAGUUUGUUGUGGCUGUUUUGGCUCGUGGGAAGCUGGAGGAACAGGGGAUGGGAUUAAAGGGCAGAUCAUCACCUCUGUCUGAAACGGGCACGGCUCUGGGAGCUUCAUCCCACCGUGAGGAAGACGUGACCACGGAAAGCUGGAGGCAGCACCGCAAACACGUGUUUGUGCUCAGCGAAGCUGGAAAACCGAUCUACUCUCGAUACGGCAGCGAGGAGGCCCUGUCCUCCACCAUGGGAGUCAUGAUGGCCCUCGUGUCCUUCGUUCAGAGCGGAGACAACAUCAUUCGGUCUGUUUAUUCAGAUGAGCACACGGUGGUGUUCAUGCAGCAGGGCCCGCUGGUGCUGGUGUCCGUCUCCAGCAGCCGUCAGUCUGAGCAGCAGCUGCGGGACGAGCUGCUUUACGUCUACAACCAGAUUGUUAGCAUGCUAACGCAGGCUAGCAUUGCGCGCAUCUUCGAGCACAAGAAGAACUAUGACUUGCGCCGCCUGCUGGCCGGUUCAGAGAAGAUUCUGGACGGCCUGCUGAACCUGGUGGACUCUGACCCAAGCUUUCUGCUCUCGGCCGUGCACUGCUUACCCAUCUCCUCCUCCUUCAGGGACUCGCUUAGCCAGAUCCUGCAGAAGGCCAUUACUCCCAACCUGGUCUUCUCCAUCCUCAUAGCUAAAAACCAACUACUGACCAUCGUCCAGGAGAAAAUGGUCAUUGAAGACGCCCGGCUUGACCCUGCUGACCUCCACCUUCUUCUCAACCUCAUCGGCGCCUCCUCUGCCUUCCAGGCCGGAGAAAUCUGGACCCCGAUCUGCCUCCCCAGCUUCAACCCAGACUGUUACUUUUACGCCUAUAUUUCCUAUCUGGACCCGCCCAACUGCACCGUCUGCCUGCUGCUGCUCUCUACAGACAAGGAGGCAUUUUACGCUGUGGCUGAGUGUAAACGGAAGAUCGAGGAGGCGAUGAUGGCCCAGAAUGCUCUGAGUUCUAUAGCCAAAGCCCAGUCCUACAGCGUCGGGCAGGUCGGGGUUUCAGAUCUGAGGCAUUUCAUGUACAAACCUUUCGACGUCCCGGACAACCACCGCCAGCUCACGCAGUUCACCAGUCCAGAGCUGGAGGCUCCGUAUAACACUGAUGAGGAGAAGCUGAGGCUGCUGGACCUGUACAGAGAUUUACACAGCCGGAUCCACAGCAGCUCCCGCCCCCUCAAACUCAUCUACCACGUAGCCGAGAGAGAGACGCUGCUGGCCUGGGUUACAAGCAAGUUUGAGUUGUAUACGUGCUUCAGUCCACUCGUGACAAAGGCCUGCGCCAUUAACGCCAUCACCAAGCUGCUGCGGUGGGUGAAGAAGGAGGAAGACCGGCUGUUCAUCCGCUACCCACCAAAAUACUCCACCACCCCCAACCCUAAGAGCUCCAGAGGAGAUUCACACGGACCGGCCUGACCCCCGCAGAUCUCCCGGAUCCGACCAAACCUCAGCAGCGCUGUGGAAGACUUGAAUCCUUCAAAUUAGUAGAAACAGCCUGAAAUUUUUCAAAUCAUCUGAAAUAAUCAGUUUAUUAAAGGAGUUUUACAGCAACCCUCUCUCUGCUGCACCUGCAGCGCACAGUCCAAAACCACCCACCAGAAUUUCAGCGUUUUUCUGUUCUUUUCAGGGAAAUCUAGGAAAAUUGUGUUUUGUUUAAAAAAUUAUUUCUAAAUGACUCUUUUAAACUCUAAUUAAACCUUUAAUCCUCGGCCUCUCAGUGGUCCAGCAGACUGAGGCGUUGUCACUCUUUUCAAAGGAUCGCUGGGUUAAAUCCCGGGUCUGUUUCUCCAUCAGCAGCCAGAGUCCGAGAGAGAGAGAGUACAGUAGGUGUGCUGGUCUUCACCCUCCUGGUGCUGGGGGCUUUACCAGUGAUAGGGGCAGGGAUUGGGUAACUGGCCUUUUGAAUUGGGGAAAAAUUAGUUAAAAAAAAAUACAAUAAUUAUAAUUAAACAAACAUACAGGAAUGUUUUACCAAUAAUGACAUUUUAUCUUUUAAAUAUAACUUUUUUUUAUGGCGUUCAGGCCAUUUCUUCCCUCUCCAUAAUAUACAAAAAUAUAUUUGAUAUUUAUUGAGCAAAUUCAGCACUGUCCCAUGACUUCUAUUAAAGCUUUGUUUCAGCAGAAACACUGUUUUACUAGAACAUAAUUUCUACAUGUGUUUAAUAAAAAAAAAUCAUGGCUGAUCUGAUUUAGCUCCGUCUCCGCUCUCCCACAGCGUUCAGAAAUUUUAAAUUUAGAAAGUUUACGCAAACAGUGGUGUUUAAUGAGCUUCUUCUGCACUUUUUAAGUUAUUAAUGCCUGGUUUUAAAUGUCAGGGCUCUCUGGAUUCUAGUAAGGAGGUGUGGAGCUACUUUGAGCUGGAUAACGGUGUAAAAAGUGAUUUAUCAGGGUAAAUUAUGCCCCGUAUCUCCCAGUCUGAAGGGUGUUUGUUGGAUAAACUGUUAAAAUUUCUGGAUCUCUGAACACUGGGAGAGCGGAGGUGAGCUAUUCAUCAAAGAUAAGAACUUUUUAUCAUGAUUUACCACAACAAAAGUCCAUUUUACUCCAGAGUUCUCCUUUAAUUUCAGCUACACAUUCAGACAGGUGAUGGCGGUAUCAUUGAGGAUGAGUGUAAAUAAAUAAUUUUAAUUGAAUAACUGAAGGUAGUGAAUCGAGCACCAGACUCUAAACACUAAACAUUAGAAACUGCUUUCAGGAUCUGAACCAUGAGAGGAUUACUGACGCAGAUACGUCUGGUUCUGGUUCUGCUGCUCCACGGUGUUUAACUGGUUCAUGUGUUUCUGCUCCAGUGCUGUUCUGCAGUUUAAAGCACCUGAUUAGAAAGAGGUUAAUCUAGUAAUCUAGUUAAUCUAGUGGAUUAUAAUUUAAUCUCCAUUUAGAGUUCUGUUUAAUCCGGACUCACCCUUCAUUUCUUCAUCUUGAAAAUCCCUCAAUUUCUUCCUCCAUUAAGAUCGAGUUCUUCUGUAGCGUCUGCUGUGUAUUUAAGUUUCAUGUUAGACUCUGGAUAUGAUCAAUAUUUUAUAAACUUGUGCACCCAGACCAGAACCAAAGAUAAAUCUCGUAGCGUAAACAGGAAACGUCUCACAGGAAGUUCUGAUCUGUAACCGUAGCGACACUGUUCUACACAGAUUAAGGUAUUUAGUUAAAAUAAAUGUUUUCUUUAUUCUACUGUAACUGAAACGGGUCUUUAAGAACUGGCUUGUUUCUAUUUGAGUUAAAAGAAGUUGUAGUUAUUUGGUGUUCAGUGUAUUUAAAUACAUUUUCUGACUAAAAUGAUUUUGUUUCUUUAUCUCAGUCUGUGGGUCGAAUGUUUGCUAAGUUUUGCUGGUGGUAAACUGCUAGCAGUUGUCUGUCAUUUACUGAAUGAAAAUUUACACAAAUUGCGUGUAAAACAAACAUGGCCGCCUGAAUAAUAACAUUUAAAUAAGUCUAGUUAUGAUGUGUGACUAAAAUAACAUGUUUUUUUUUAAUACUGUCCAGGCAUGUAACAGUAAAGAAUUUAAAAGAGGAUAAAACAGUGAUGAAUGUUUACUUUUGGAAACUCUGUAAUAAAGAAACACAGAAAGGUGCUGACGUAAA